AUGUCUGAGUGCUCAGCAUCGCCGUCGGACCACCACCACCACCUCCAGCCGCCGAAGCGCAAGGCCGCCCAAGCCGGCCUCGACGGAAACACCACCGGCCGCUCAGUGAAGAGGAGGGCUUCCAAGGCAUGCCAGUGCUGCCGGGCGCGCAAGGUCAGAUGCAAUGUCACUGAGCACGGCGCGCCGUGCACGAAUUGCAGGCUCGACGAGGUCGAAUGCAUUGUGUCCGAGAGCAGGAGGAAAAAGAAAUGGACCAAGGACGACGAUCCCCAAGGAGAGAAUACGACCGCCUCGGCCACAAAUGCCAACCGCAAGCUGGCUUCGCGCGAGGCCUUGGACAGCAUCCAAAACCUGAACUCAGCCGCCGUGCGGCGGUCACAUGAAGCAGAAGCGCGGCAUGACGAGCACGUGCCUCACUCCAUUUACCAGACCCACGGCCACCGCCUGAACUCCAUCUCCGGCUUCUCAGACCUGCACCGCCGCCUGUCCGUUACCUCACAGACCAAUGGCUUGUCCAUGCUCCCCUUUACGCCCUUUGCCGGCGACAACCGCGCCGCGUACUUUGGGAACGUGGCACCGAAAUUCAGUGCGAAUGAUCUUCCGGAUUUCAUCAAGCCGCUCCCCGUCAAAAUCGGACCCGACGAAGUUGCCUAUUUGGAGAAGAAGGGCGCGUUGACGGUUCCGAAGGGCACUCUGCGCAAUGAGAUCUUACGCGCGUAUAUCGAGUUUGUGCACCCGUACAUGCCGCUUCUGGACCUGCACGAUUUCCUUACGAUGAUUGAUCGACCGGACACGAGCCUCGGAAAGGUCAGCUUGAUCCUUUUCCAGGCGGUCAUGUUCGCCGGCUCGGCUUUCAUCGAUAUGCAUCAUCUGCGUACCGCGGGCUAUGUCACACGGAAGGAAGCUCGCAAGGACUUCUUUCAGAAGACUAGGGUGAGUAGCAUCUCCUUUCAUGGGUUCUCGGUUGUGUUCGGUCGGCCGAGCAACUCUCUUCUUUACGACUUUGACUACGAAUCGGAUCGGGUCUCUCUUGUACAAGCGCUACUCCUCUUGACGUACUACUACGAAACUCCAGAUGACCAGAAGGACACAUGGCACUGGAUGGGCGUCGCGACUUCGGUCGCGCACACGAUCGGCCUUCAUCGCAACCCAGACAAGGGUCAUAUGGACUCUAAGCGUACGAAGCUCUGGAAGAGGAUAUGGUGGUCGACUUAUAUGCGCGAUCGCCUCAUAGCCUUGGGCAUGCGACGACCCACUCGCAUAAAGACCGAGGACUUCGAUGUGCCCAUGCUCACUUUGGAUGAUUUCGAGCUUGCUCCCAUUCCAGACUCAAUUUCUUGCGUGCCUCCGGACUGCCGCGUAGCCCGGGAUGUCGACAUGCAGCGCCAGCUAGCCAUUAUGUGCAUCGAGAAAGCCAGGCUGUGCCUAUGCAUUUCACAUGUCUUGUCUAAGCAGUACUGUGUCUUGAACAACAACCAGGGCCUCCUGAACGACCGAACGACAAUGAUGUUGCUUCCGAAGAAACUGGACCCCGAGACCAGCGAAGUCAAAACAUGCGACGAGGAGCUGCAGAGGUGGGUCAAAGAGCUACCAGAGGAAGCCAAGUACUCCGACACCUACACUGGAGAGAAAUCAUUAGAUCUGAACCGCGCUUUGUUGCACAUGGUCUUUUUCACGACUCUUUCUGCGUUACAUCGACCGCAAGUCCUACCGUCCGCUCAAGGAGGACCCGCGAGCACACCAGCCAAGCCGGAUAUCGCGUCUGACCUUUUGGAAGUCUCGCGUCGGAACGUUCGCCGAGCUGCUUCGGCCAUCACCUCGAUCGCCCAGCGCCUCGAUACAGUGGAUCUCGUCAGAUAUCUACCCACCACCGGCGUCACGGUCCUCCUCCCGGCCAUUAUCAUCCACCUGCUCGACAUCAAGGCUCCAGAGGAGGAGACUCGCCGAAUCUCACUCCGCGGAUUCUGCCAAUGCAUGGCGGUCAUGGGCAAGCUGCGUGAUUUGUACGCCGCAGCGGACUACUCCACCGCCUUCCUCGAAGCUGCAAUCCGCAAAGCUGGCAUCCAUAUUGCGCCUACGACGGCACAGACACCUGGCGCCAACGGAGCAUCCGCAAUGCCAGCGAAGCCAUCGCCGGUGACUACCGUCGAAGAUCUCGUGGACGCCGGAAGAAGACUAGACAUGCAAUCUAUGAUGAACGUGACAAUGGCGGCCUCACAGCAGCUGCAGCGCUCAACUCUGACGCCACCACCAGACAACGGAACCACGAAUAUGCACGCGCUCGAGAAACUCCCAGACCAAAACAACGUCACCGACGAAGAAGUCGCCCGCCGCCUAGAAACAUUCCUCGCUUCCACUCCCCCAGAGUCCGAUCAUGACCACGACCUCGAUCCUUCGCAGGACUUCCACCCCUCGAUCACGAUCGCCGAAGACCUUCCCGCGACGACCACGACCAUGGCGCCCAACCCCUUCAACAAAUACAGCACACUCGAGCUCCCAUCGAACCCCUUCAGCAGCAUCAACCACCACCACGACGACGAAAUGCUGUUUAGCAGCCUGCCCAUGCACCACGACUUCGACGACGGCGACUUCGACAGCUUGCUGAAUCUCGAUGCGGUGGGCGAGGCGUUUACUUUCAACGAGGCUGCGAUCGACGAUGCGAUCGAGCGGCAGUUGGGCGAGGUGGAUUGGAUGGGGAAUGGGACGGCGCUGGCGUUUGGGGAGGAGGUGAGAGCAUGA